UGAGUCCGCGGAGUCCGGCACGGCGAGACGGAAGUUUACCUUCCGGAGAACGAAGAACCUCGCCGUGACUUCGCGACGUCGCCGAGACCCGAGUUUGCGGUAACAGUGUACAGAUGCGCGGAUUAGCCGGAAGCCCAAGGCCAUUGCUACAGAGCAAACACUCGUAAGCACUGUUACAACGCGCUCGAUCUCGCGUCGUACGAACAGGAAGAAAAAAGAAAAGGUGUUGGAGUCAUCGUAGCCCGCUUCCGAAACCGGAAGUCGUUACGACUGCUCCAGAGCGAGGCGAUAAACAAGACGGCGGCUGGGCCCUUUGUGGUUCGUCUGCCUCGAUGGAGCUAGUCGGUCGCUUCAAGCGGGAAGCCAACAGAAAAGCGUCCUUCAAAGGUGUGGAUGAGGCGUCGAUAGCAAGUGACCGGAGCGUCAUCCCGAACAUAGGAGGCGAUAUGACAGCAGACCUCGAGGAAAUGGCGAGGCUUGAGCUCGGAGAAACACCCGAAGUGAAAGCAAAGUCUGUCGAGCAGCUGAGGCGGCUCCUUUCAGAAGAGCCCUGGCUGGAGUGUCCCACAGACGGGGAGUUCUUGGUGAAGUUCUUGCGUGCCCGCAAGUACGACGUAGAGGAGGCCCUCAAGAACAUCCGAAAGUACUUCCGAGUGAAGCAGGAGACGCGGGAGAUGUUUGACAACUUGAACCCGUAUUCGGUCCCCUUCGACUCCACAUGUCGAGAGCACCGCCUAGUCACAGUGUCCCGGCAAAGGGAUUCAUUAGGGCGGGGUGUGGUCCUCUUGAGAUUAGGUGCGUGGAACAGCCGGAUGUGUUCCCUCAUCGACUACUUCCGCGUCAGCCUGGUUCAGGUCGAGUGGCUGCUCUUCCAGCAGGACGUCCAGAUCCGAGGCGUCGUGUUCGUGCUCGACUUCAAAGGUCUGAGCGUGUACCACAUUACGCAGUACACGCCGUACUUCAUGAGCAAGCUAUUGUACCUGAUGCAGGACUGUUACCCGAUUCGAGUGAAAGCCCUCUACGUAACCCACAACCCAGCGUUAUUUGACAUACUUUUCGCCGCAGCGAAGCGCUUUAUGAAGCCGAAAUUGCUCCAAAGGGUUCGUCUCCUAGGACACGACUUAGAAAAGUUACACAGUCUGCUUCCUGUGGACGUAAUACCCCAGGAAGCCGGCGGAACCCACGAAUCGUACGAUUACGACAAACUCGAGAAAGACUUGCAAAGUAAUGCCAAGUUCUUCGAUGACAUCAGCCGAUAUGGCUACUGCAACAAGCCGGGCAGACGGAACAGAUGAUUCCGUAUUGCGUUGGAAACGUUAAAGGGGCGAAAGGGCGUAACACGGAAUGAAAGUCUGUGAUAAGACAUUCUGCGGCACAAAAGUGUCUGAAGGUAACAGCUCUCAUUGCAUGGACUAUAAAAGCUAUCAUAGUGGUUAGGUCAAUAUGUUUCAUUAAAAGGUGGUCAUGAAAGAGCAAA